AGCUCGUGUGCGCGGCCUGUUGUGACUUGUGAGCGCGUGGCCGUCGUCCGGACCGUUCUACCGUUGGUGCAGUACUACUUUGCAUUGUAGUUAACAGCGUUCGUGCUUAUAGUUAGGCGCCACCGCGAAAAAGGGUUAUUUUUUAAAUUUUUUCAGAAUAUAGGUGUCACUACAGAGAACUGUGGUCCAAACAGAAAACGAGAUUUUCGGACGCGUUUAGACUACCUGUCUACCGACCGUCGAACACACCCUCCUCAAAGAUUUUGAUAAAUUUUCAACUUGGAGCGCUUUUCCAGGUUACCGCCAUCGAAUUUUCCCACAGACAUGGCCACCACAUCCUCGGGCGCGUGGUCGACGUCUUCGACUAGUCAAAAACACGAAGAGACCGGCAUCGAAGAACCUCCGACUUGUGAAUCACCGGAACCGAUGUCCUGUUACUUGCACCACGAUCCCGACCAUCCUAUGUCGUCGUUUUCCGUCAUCAACAAGAUGCGAGUCAACAUCCAACUCUGUGACGUUUCUCUUCGAGUCGGUAACAGCGUAACAAAAGCUCACAGAUUGGUGUUAGCCUCUUCCAGUCCUUAUUUUUACGCAAUGUUCAACGAUGACAUGGCUGAAAAAUUACAGUCCGAAGUCGAACUACAUGACGUAGACUUGGGCGCUCUACAACUUUUAAUUGAAUAUUCAUAUACUGGACAAGUACACAUAACAGACGAAAAUGUUCAGGUACUUUUACCCGCGUCUUCAUUGCUCCAGAUAAACUCUGUUCGAGACGCGUGCUGUACAUUCCUGAUGAAACAGUUACAUCCGACUAAUUGUCUGGGUAUCAGACAAUUUGCCGAGACGCAUUCGUGCAACGAACUGAGGACCCGAUCACACCGCUAUGCAUUACAAAAUUUCGAAGAAGUGGUGAAAACUGAAGAAUUUCUUUUUCUAUCGUUCUCCGAGGUCGAAGAUUUAGUAUCUAACGACAAAUUGAAUGUUGUGUCCGAAGAGCAGGUUUUUGUGGCUGUCAUGGAUUGGAUCAAACACAAUCCCUCCGAACGAUCGCAAUACAUUGCUCAGCUUUUGGGACACGUGCGACUAGCCCAAAUGUCAAAGAUGUUCCUGUUGAACGUAGUCGAAACGGAACCAUUGGUGCGCAGUGAACCUAGUUGCAAGGACCUGUUGUUAGGUGCCAUGAAGUACCAUUUGUUGCCAGACCAAAGGUCUGAUUUUGCUAGUAAGCAGACCGAACAAAGGAGCCCGGAUGGACUUAUGCCGUACAUAUUUGCCAUUGGAGGAGGUAGCUUGUUCACUAUACACAGCGCCGGUGAGUGUUAUAACCCUAGACACGACCGUUGGCUGCCGAUCGCGCCCAUGUCCAAAUGUCGAAGUCGUGCGGGUAUCGUGUCUUUGGGCAAAUUGAUCUACGCUAUCGGAGGAUACGAUGGCAUAGUGGACCUUUCUUCGGCUGAGUGCUACGACCCAAACUGCAAUAAGUGGUCGGCGGUCACGUCACUAGGCACGAAGAGGAGUUGUUUGGGAAUUAGCGCUAACCAUGGAUUGCUGUAUGUUUGCGGUGGUUUUGAUGGCGCAUCCUGCCUGAGCAGUGUGGAACGAUACGACCCACUAACCGGCGUUUGGUCAUCGUGUCCUAGCAUGACCACCCGUCGGCGGUAUUGCCGCGUAUCCGUCGUUGACAACUGUCUGUAUGCUUUGGGAGGCUUUGAUUCGACCAACUACCAGUCAACAGUGGAGAGGUAUGAUCCCAGAAUGAGCAAGUGGAUGACCGUGCCGGCCAUGAGCAGCAGGCGUAGUAGCUGCGCCGUAGCCACGUUGGACGAUAUGCUUUAUUGCGUGGGUGGCAACGACGGAACAAUGUGCAUGUCGAGCGGCGAACGGUUGAAUGUCAGGCGGAAUGCUUGGGAGCCCAUAGCUACCAUGCAGUGUCGCAGGGCCACCCACGACAUGGUCGAACUGGACGGCGGGCUGCUGGUGCUCGGCGGCAACGACAGCAAUUCGAGUCUGCACUCGACCGAGCGGUACGAUCCGCGGAUCAACCGGUGGACCAUGUCGACGCCGAUGCCGACGCGCCGGAGCUCGGUGGGCGCCGCUCUCCUGUACUGCUUCAACAUGGACGGCAAGCUGACGACGGCCGCCACCGCCGGCGCCGCCAUCCUCAGCGGAGGCGUUGCGAUGGUGACCACCGCCGGUUCCGGCACGGCGUCCGUCACCAGUUCGCCGUACAAGUCCACGGCCACGUCUGUAUGAUUGCCGUGGUCGACCACCAGCGGUUGGCGGUCGAACAACAGCAGCGAUUCCGAACGUUCUCACUCGUUGCCAAACUGACCAGCGAACGUUUACGUCGCGCCCGUCGAAACACCAGAAACCUUUUCAAUUGUCUGGCAGCUGCUGUUUGCAGAACGAAAACGUUCACGACAUCUGCACACGCUGCGUAUUUGCCGAACGAUGGAAAUCGCCGCGGUGUAUUCAAAGAUAUUAAUUAUUAAGUAUAUUCUCGCGAACGACGAAUUAGUCGGUAUCUAUUCGCAUUUUCCGAGUUCCACUUAUUCUCUCUUUCUCUCUCUAUUUGCUUGCUGUCGAUAUCGUCUACGAUUGUGUUGAUAUAAUCUAUUAGUCUAUUUAUCGGUACGGUAUAUCGCAGCAUCCGGCGUUAUAAAUAAUAUGACUGGACCUGGAGCAAUGGUGCGGUUUAUCGCUCGUUCGCUUUUGAACAAUAAUAAAUUUAUCGAAUAUGAUACUAUAAAUUCAUUAAUAUGACGCAUAACAUAUAUAUUAUUUAUACCUAAAAAAAAAUUUAUUUCGGACGGACAUUCAAAUUACCAUUUUAUUUGGGGGACCAAAAUGCUCAUCCAAUGUAAAUUACGCAUACGAUUUCUUAACGCCGUACCUAUAAUAAAUACCUACUUAAUGUUGAUUUUUAUUGGUUCCUAAUUAAUUUACCUUUUUUUGUUAUUAUUAUUAUUUAAGCACAUUUUUAUAUUAUAUAUAUACCAGCAGAUUUAACGCGUGUCCUUUUAUAUUAUUAUUACAUAUACAUACAUAAAUAUUUGGCUUGUCUAUAUGUUUGUUUUAGCGUUUUUGUUAUAUACGUUUGUACCAAUUAUUAAACUUUUUACUGUGAUGGAUAAUAAUUAUAAAUUUGUA